CAAUUAAGUGUAACAAACUUCAUUACAAAUUCCGAAUGUGACUAACAAAAUCAGUUUAUUACCUCAAUAAACAGAAUACAUAUCAUUAGCAAAACAUAGCACUUCCGCAUCUUUAAGAAACCGUUUAAUGAUAUAUGUAGCAAAAUGAAUGUUUCUCCAUUAUAUAAGGCGGUGUGGUUUUGGAAGGACAAAGGCCUUUCCUACAUUGCGGUUGGUGUAAAGGAGAAAGGAUCUGCAAAACAAACCACAAAUAAAAGAGCGUCUAUCUCAGAAAACGUCGGAGAAAGGGCAGUAAAAUUCCUUGAAAAUGUCGAUCAGAACCAACAAAAGAUUUUCAAGUUAAGGUACCAGAGACCAAUGAGGCAAGGCGUACCGUACAUCAUUACACUUCAAGACGUCAAGGAUGUGGUCACGUUUUUACUAAUGGGAAACCUUCCAAGAGCUGUGUUAUCACUUCUACACUCUUACGAAAUAAAUUACCUCAUUCGAGCACUGAUUCUCUACAUGCAACUUUAUCUACAGAUUCAUGAAGACCUCCGCUACAGAAAAUUGUCGUAUGCAACUCAACGCCUUAAGCAUCCCAUAUCUUCAGUUCGGGAGACGCUAUGCAAAAAACACUUAAGUAAGCUAAGAUGCCGAAUUGGGCAAGAAUACGCACUUAUUAUAGCCGGAGAGGGAUUUUAUAAAAAAUAUCACCAUAUGAACAAUCCUCUAAACCAGUCUUAUGUGGCAAAAGAUAUACAGUUGAAUGAGUACAUGUCAAAAUUGUUAGCAAGAAUAGUUUGGGUUGCACUAUACAGAACUAAUUACAAAGAAAUUGAAGUGGAAAUUGCACGGUUAUUUCAUUUUAAAAACAUCAACGACAAAGUAAGAAGACACAAUUUGCCAUCAUUUAAGUUUGAAAACAACCAUCAGAUCCUUCAAGGGAAUCCUCUAAGAUUUUCGAGCCACUGGCAUAUGCUUUCUCCUGUAAUAUCGGAUAUAUUUAUUAACGAUGAUGACCCUGACUUACUGCUGUCAAAAAACACGAACUCUACAGAUUUCGUGGCAACUGAGAUAUGCGGGUUAGAGGCGGCGUUGAUAUUGCCAGAGGAGUUAUUGGCAAGGUUUGACAUUGUCGUGGGGAUUCUAGGGCUGCCACGAGAAAACUUUGAAACUAUGCUACACUUGAAACAACAACGACAGAAAAGUUUGCUGGAAGAAGAAUUGGAACUGGCACAAGCUAUUAAAGAAACCCUUGUUGAAAAACCUAUGGUAAAAAUGUACGAGUACAUAUGGCAGUUAGAAAGGAGUAUUGAUUUGAGUGUAAAGGUCUCCAAAGAAGAUACGAAAGACGUAAGAGAAGAAAUACAAUUUUAUUUAUCGAAUCACGUCACAGAUAGUAAAAAUGCAUUUAAUUUAUGGAAAUCUAGCAAAUUAGAACCUAUUAAAAUACUCAAUUGAAA